UUAUUUUGAUUUCAUGAUUCAUAUCCACAUUUCACUACUCAUUCCGCGCCAAAUUUAAACCGUUGAAGAAGACGCAGAAGAAGAAAUGGUUGCAUUGUGCUUCGUGUUGGAUUUAUGCAGCCUAUCACCUUCAUUACUUCGAGACCUAAAACAGUGCUUAUUACAGCUCGGUAAUUCGUACGCGAUUUCACCUCCUUCGUCGCGGCAUCGAUUUGACUCUCUCGGAGACAGGAUCGGCUUGUGUUAUAUCUUCAAAAAUCGCAUUUCCUCCUCUCGAGAGCUUAAAAUUGCAUAUCACCCUAGAGGAAAUUUUCAUCUCCGGGAUUUCCAUGACGCCGUUAACAACUUGCCUACAGAUGCCUUUUUGCCUGAAAUCGAUGAUUCUGGAGCUCUCCGUCGGUCAGAUGCAAAAUUAUCAAGCGUUUUGAGUGAUCAAGUUGUAUAUUCAUGGGAGAUUAAAGAUUUUAUGCGGAAAGUGAUUGUUUUGAGCUCCUGUUUACCUGAGAAUAUAGACUCAGCCUUGAAAAUUACUCUUAUGGAUGCAGCAGAUAAGUGUGUUUCAGUGGAGUUUCUGUUGUUUGAACUAAGUUCAAGCUAUUUCAGCAAUAUGCAGGAGAAUAUCAACUGCUUUCUAACAAGUUUAUCUGAUCUGGAUAAUUGCUCAUUUCAGACUUAUAUCCCAGAUAGCAGACUAUUUCAUAGUCUAACGAAACGAUGGCUACAGGAUUUAGAGGAUGACAUAGAUGAACCAUUGCAAGCUUGUUUUAUUUUCCAGACCAACCUUGUAGGCUCUUUGAAUCACAUAAGCUGCAGCUUGUCAAUAUCUGUUCGUCAAAUUAUUGAUGAGUUCAGUGCUUGUCAGACGUGCAGAUGUCAUGGCGUCCUGUUAGAUCAUGCUGCAAAAGAUAAACUUGAGAGGCUCUCUUGUCCAGUUACGGGCCAUGAUCUGGGAACAGCUGAUGUGGUUGAUAAUUCUGUGAAAGUUGGAGAUAAAACGAUCUUGUUCAUGCCCUCUUUCCAGAGCUCAAUGAAGGUCCAUCAACUUUCUUCCCCCAUUGAAUUCAACAUUAUUGAGAGGACUAAUCUGAAAUCUUUAAAUGAAGGUGUUAUAUUUGGAACUCCAUAUUUUGUAGCUCCAUCAGCUUGCAAUGAGGUAGAAACUUCUUCAGAUGAGAUGUCCCAGCCUGAAUUGAAUUCUCAGCUUUUUCAAGGAAUUUGCAAUUAUCUACAUUCAAUGGAUGAGGGGCUGGUAUGUUCUUCAUACUGCAAUGUGGAUACCAUGAAAGGGACAGCAUUCCCCUGCUAUUAUAUUCUUCUACCAUCAGACAAUGGACCAAUGCUUCUCCGGCGUCUUGCAAGUUUAGAGGAAGUAUUGCCUAUGCUUGAAGUCAAUCAAUUCAUUGAUUCUUCGAUGUCCAAGGAUAUUCAAAAUACCAUUCAGACCUCUCUAUUAAAGAUUGAUUUGAGAGACUAUAAUCCAGUUCUGCAUGAAAGAGGCUUACAUCGAAAGCUGAACUUGCUUAUAAAAGAGAGCUUCCAAUUUGUGACAGUUACUCCAAAACUGAAUGAGGCAACAUCUGGACUGAACUCAAACCAACUAAAUUCUUUGGAACAAUCGAAUUGUAUAACAGUCGUCAAAGAUGAAGCCCCGCAGUUGAAAAUGAAAGUUGGAGAAGACAAAACAUCAUAUUCUAUUGCAGAAGAAUGGGAGCAGCUAGUUGUCAGUGAAGUCCCGAAUCUAUAUUCUCCCACUCCUGUUUCCAAAGCUAAGGUGGAUAUGUUAGUUCUGUCCUCACCGGACACUAAUAAGCAGUUGGAUGUGAAAACUUCAAGAAUAUUAGAGAGACUAGAGGUGCCAAAACAGUUGAAAACAAAGGUAACUUCUCCAAUUUUCACAAGCAGCAGCUUCUCAGAAACAGGUGCGCCAAUAAAAAAGCCUCCAGUUCCUUUCCAGCCUAGCAAUGCAACAGAUCAGAGCUUAACGUCAAGUCAAUUAAUGAAACCCAAUUUCCAGAGACUAAAAAGGAAACACAAAUGACAAUGGCUGCCUGGGGUUGGAGAAGGCCUACUUCUAACUGGAGGGUAACUAUGAGAACUUUAUGUUGUAUAGAAAAUGAGUGCCUGUGAAAUUCUGUUGUUGAGACCGGGAGCAGCUUAUGGUUUUCUUUUUUUUCUUUUUGCAUGUUAUGGGUUAGAUUUUCAAGUUGCCUGCUUAUUUAGUCGGCGAUCAGAACAUUUUACACUCCCAAGCUCUACCUGGUACAAACUACUGGAACACCUAAGCUUUAGCAGAGAAUUUAAGCUUCGUAUAUAUGUUGCUUUGAAACUGAUACUUAGCGAGUUUGAAUUGAAAUUUACAUUAGGAAA